AAAAUUGCUUUUAUUUUAUUUUUGUUCAAUCUUUUGAAAAAAAUUUAGUUUCCAUGGAAACAGAAUUACCACAUACGCGAAUUCGCACUAUUAUGAAAAGUUCAUUGGAUACUGGUCAAAUAACAAAUGAAGUUCUUUAUUUAAUGACCAAGUCUACAGAAAUGUUCAUUAAGCAUUUCACUAAGGAAGCAUAUUCCAACGUCAAAAAGACUACCAAUAUUCUAAAGUAUGAGCACUUAGCUGAUCUGGUACAAAAUAAUGAAAAUUUGGAGUUUCUCUUGCAAAUCGUUCCACAAAAGAUUACAGUGAAAAAUCUCCAAGGCUUGCUCAAGCAAGAUGAGAGUAGUGGUGAAUCUUCAUCAGAGGAAGACAACUAGAACCAUCCAAUGCAAAAAAAACAUCGAUUAUAUACGUUCAGAAUAUUUAGUUUAUGAAAAGUUACUCUCAAGAAUUUCAUUUCUCAUUUUCAACAUUAAAAC